UUCCAAGUUCUAUCUAAAUCUUUAUUUUUUUAAUUUUUUGGCAGCCUGCAUCCAAAUUUUGUUACGUAUGAUUCGAGCCAGAACAUCAUUUAUAACCAUUCCAUUUUAUGAUCUAACAAAGCUUUUUGUUAAAUACUAAAACCUUUUUGAGAAAAAUAAAAGGAAAGUAAUAAAAACCCAUUGAAAAACCUCACAAAUACAACUCCCGAAAAAAUCUCCCUCUCCCUCUCCCUCUCCCUCUCCCUCUCCCUUUCCCUCUCCCUCUCUCUCUCUAAUGUCUCCAUCUCGCAACACCCCGGCAUGGCUCCGCCCUGCUUCCGAUCAUCCUCCUCCUCAUCCUCCUCCUCCCCCGCCGCCGACGACGACGAAGCAAUCACCGUCUACCUUAUCCUCCGGCGACCCGAACCUCACAACAUGCCUAUACCAAACGGACCACGGCGUCUUCUACCUGACAUGGUCACGCACUUUCUUAGGAGGCCACUCGCUAAACCUCUUCCUCCACUCCCAAGACUACUACAACCGCUCCUCACCUCUCUCCUUCUCCUCAGCCGAUCUCUCCCUCUCCUCCUCCCUCUCCUUCCACCUCACCUUAAACACACUAGCCUUCUGGAGAAGACGCGGAUCCAGAUCCGUCUCCCCCAAGCUCCAAGUCUUCUGGGACCUCACCCGCGCCAAAUUCGACUCCGGAUCCGAGCCUAGAUCCGGCUUCUACAUCGCCGUGAUCGUCGACGGCGAGAUGGCGCUGCUGGUCGGAGACUCGGUCAAGGAGGCCUACGCGCGCGUCAAGUCGGCGAAACCUCCCGCGAAUCCGCAGGCUCUGCUGCUGAGGAAGGAGCACGUGUUCGGAGCUAGGGUUUUCUCGACGAAGGCGAGGUUCGGAGGUAAGAAUAGAGAAAUAUCGAUCGACUGCCGCGUCGACGAGGACGCGAGGCUCUCCUUCAGCGUGGAUGGGAAGCUUGUGCUGCAGGUGAAGCGGCUGAGGUGGAAGUUCAGAGGGAACGAGAAGGUGGAGAUCGACGGGGUCCCUGUUCAGAUCUCAUGGGACGUUUACAAUUGGCUGUUCCAGAGCAAAACGUCCGGGGAGGGAGGAGGAGGACACGCGGUGUUUAUGUUUAGGUUCGAGAGCGAUCCAGAGGAUGAGGAGAGGAAAGAAGAAGAGAGGAGUGAUGAAAACGGCGUCGUUGUGUGGAAGAAUCCGAAGAAGCAGUGUGGGGGAAGAAGCUUGGGGAUUAAAGGGAUGGUGGAGUGGAGGAAGAUGAAGAGGAGAUUCGUUAAGAGCAAGAGGAGUUCUUCCUCUUCCUCCAUCUCCAUGUCUUCGGCCUCGUCGGCUUGUAGCUCGUCGGUUAUGGAGUGGGCUAGUAGCGCCGAUGAGGCGGAGUACGGAGGAGGAGGUUCUUCCGGUGCCGGCUCCGGGAAUGGUCUUGGAUUCUCUUUAUUGGUUUACGCGUGGAUUAAGUGAGGUUUAUUUUUAUUUUUAUUUUUUGUGGAAAACUAAAAAAGGAAAGAUACUGCUGCGGUCAAAAGAAUUAAUUUGAAAAAUUUAUUGUUUUUAACGUUUUA